GUGAAGUCUCAGAGGAAUGGAGUUACUCUCGUUGUUUUGGGAAUUUCGCGCGGAUUACCGUACUAUUUUUAUCGUGUGUGGGUGAAUCAGGUGCUUAGUCGCGUUCGAUACUAUUUUCGAUAUCUUCGUGUUCUUCGAGCUGCCUGUUGGGCGGGAUAUCACGCGCUAAAAAGAAGAACGGAGGUUAGUUUCGGCAGAUGUGCUUGGGAACGUAAGAAAUCCGUGGAAGGAUGAACGACAUGGAAGCUUACGGGGACGGAUACAUGGAACCGGAGGAAGAAUGGGAGAGGGAUGGUCUUUUGGACCCAGCUUGGGAAAAACAGCAGAAAAAGACAUUCACAGCAUGGUGUAAUUCACAUCUUCGUAAAGCAGGAACUGCCAUUGAAUCAAUCGAGGAUGAUUUUAGAAAUGGGCUGAAGCUGAUGUUACUCUUAGAGGUAAUUUCAGGUGAAACUCUUCCAAGACCAGACAGAGGCAAAAUGAGAUUCCACAAGAUUGCUAAUGUUAACAAAGCUCUUGAUUAUAUUGCCAGUAAAGGCGUUAAAUUAGUUUCUAUAGGAGCAGAGGAAAUCGUGGAUGGCAACCUGAAGAUGACUUUGGGUAUGAUCUGGACUAUAAUUUUGAGAUUUGCUAUCCAAGACAUCUCUGUGGAGGAGAUGACUGCUAAGGAGGGUCUUCUCUUAUGGUGUCAGCGCAAGACAGCACCAUAUAAGAAUGUCAAUGUUCAGAACUUCCAUCUGUCAUUCAAAGAUGGCUUGGCAUUUUGUGCUCUCAUCCACCGUCAUCGUCCUGAUCUUAUUGAUUACAAUAAACUUAGCAAGGAUAAUCCUCUAGAGAAUUUGAACACUGCCUUCGAUGUUGCUGAGAAAUAUCUCGACAUUCCUCGCAUGUUAGAUCCUGACGAUUUGAUCAACACACCCAAGCCAGAUGAGCGUGCAAUCAUGACGUAUGUGUCCUGCUACUACCAUGCGUUCCAAGGUGCUCAGCAGGCAGAGACAGCUGCGAAUCGAAUUUGCAAAGUUCUGAAAGUUAAUCAAGAAAACGAAAGGCUUAUGGAAGAGUAUGAACGUCUGGCAUCCGAUUUAUUGGAAUGGAUAAGACGAACAAUGCCUUGGUUGGCCAGUCGUCAAACUGAUAACUCUCUUGCUGGUUGUCAAAAGAAACUGGAAGAAUAUAGGACGUAUCGUCGUAAGCACAAACCACCACGCGUUGAGCAGAAGGCUAAACUCGAAACGAAUUUCAAUACUUUACAAACGAAAUUGAGACUGAGCAAUCGGCCCGCGUAUAUGCCAACAGAAGGCAAAAUGGUCUCGGACAUUAAUAAAGCCUGGAAAGGCUUGGAGUUAGCAGAGAAAUCAUUCGAAGAAUGGCUACUAUCAGAAAUGAUGCGUCUUGAACGACUCGAGCAUCUAGCUCAGAAAUUCAAGCACAAAGCUGACGCUCACGAGGAAUGGACCGCAGGAAAGGAAGAGAUGCUCACGUCGCAGCAUUUCCGACAAUGUAAACUCAACGAACUCAAGGCUUUGAAGAAGAAACACGAGGCCUUCGAGUCCGACCUUGCAGCUCAUCAAGAUCGCGUAGAACAAAUAGCUGCUAUUGCACAAGAACUGAAUGCCUUGGAGUACCACGACAGCGCAACCGUUAACGCCAGAUGUCAACGAAUUUGCGAUCAAUGGGAUCGUCUCGGUACUCUUACUCAGCGUAGACGUCAAGCAUUAGACGAAGCUGAGCGUAUUCUCGAAAAGAUCGACGUUUUGCAUCUGGAGUUCGCUAAACGAGCUGCUCCAUUCAACAAUUGGUUAGACGGAACCAGAGAGGAUCUAGUGGAUAUGUUUAUCGUUCACACGAUGGAGGAAAUCCAAGGACUAAUGGAUGCUCAUGCUGCGUUUAAAGCAACUCUCGGUGAAGCUGACAAAGAGUACAACUCAAUUGUGGGAUUAGUGCGUGAAGUUGAGUCAAUAGUCAAACAGUUCCAAAUCCCCGGUGGCCUUGAAAACCCGUAUACUACGCUCACUGCAUUGGACCUUACGAAGAAAUGGAGCGAUGUUAGGCAACUCGUUCCACAACGUGAUGGUACAUUGCAAGCUGAACUUCGUAAACAACAAAAUAAUGAACUGCUUCGACGACAGUUUGCUGAAAAAGCCAAUGCUGUUGGACCAUGGAUAGAACGUCAGUUAGACGCAGUUACAGCUAUUGGUCUCGGUCUCCAGGGAACUCUGGAAGAUCAGCUGCAUCGUUUGAAAGAAUACGAACAGGCGGUAUACCAGUACAAAGCUCACCUUGAGGAAUUGGAGAAGAUUCACCAAGCUAUCCAGGAAGGAAUGAUAUUCGAAAAUCGAUACACUCAAUACACAAUGGAGACACUACGAGUUGGUUGGGAGCAGCUUUUGACUUCGAUAAAUCGUAACAUCAAUGAAGUUGAAAAUCAAAUUCUUACCAGGGACUCGAAGGGCAUUACGCAAGAACAGCUUAAUGAAUUCCGCAGCAGUUUCAAUCACUUCGAUAAGAACCGAACAGGAAGAUUGGCUCCUGAUGAAUUUAAGUCCUGCCUCGUAUCUCUGGGUUAUUCUGUUGGUAAGGACAGGCAAGGUGACAUCGAUUUCCAGCGUAUCUUGGCUAUUGUUGAUCCAAAUAACUCUGGUUACGUUCACUUCGAUGCAUUCUUGGACUUCAUGACGCGUGAAUCUACGGACACUGACACGGCUGAACAAGUUAUCGAUAGCUUCCGUAUACUUGCUGGUGACAAGCCUUUCAUCUUGGCCGAUGAAUUGAGGAGAGAACUACCACCUGACCAGGCCGAAUACUGCAUUCAACGAAUGCCUCCUUACAAAGGAAUUAAUGCUCCUCCUGGAGCAUUAGAUUAUCGUUCUUUCUCCACCGCUUUGUACGGCGAAUCCGAUUUGUAAAUUUACAUAUCAAAGAAAGAUGAAAAAAAAAACGAGGAAAUGUUUUUGGACGAUUUCCAUUUAAAAAGCAAGUCAAAUGAUAUCCGAAAAGUUUGGUUUACGUUUUUGGUACUCUAACGCACCUUUACAAGUCAAGAAUAUCAACGCGAUUAAGGAAUCAUUAUUUAGUAUCAAAGAGUACAGUACAAUAUUCGGAGCGUUUGUAAGAAAAGGGGUUCUAAUAGUUUAUACGCGUUAUGAGUGUUAUCAGUUUUGUAUUCGUGAUAUUAUUUUAACGUGAAGGAAUCUGAUAAAGGCAUAUUGAUAAGUUUUGAUACACCGAUAUUUUGCUAGGAUGUCUACCUCCAUUGCGGAAUAAAAUCCUCGUAUAGCGUUCAACGUAGGUGGUACGUACUUAAAUUAAGUCUGUACAGUGACAAUAAAUGUCCCAAUUUAGAUACCUUAACGUUAAAAUAGUAACACACAAUCGAACGUAACAGUCUCUUUAAGAACGUUUGCUUCUUACCUAUGGCUACGAUGAAUCCUAUAAUUAGUAAGUUAAUUCUUCAAUUGUAUAUAAAUGUCCCCGAGAGAAGUCACACGAGUACCACUAAUAAAGAAAAUGAUAAGCAUUUCCUUUUCGCAAGCGUUCCAGAAAAGGAAUGAAACGAAUCUAUGUCGAAAAAACGAAUAGUAUAUUUAACAAAGGAAGAGAGAUAAAAAAAAACGGAAAGAAAAAGGAGAACGCGAUUGAACAAUUUAUUGCGUAUAUAAUUAUCGCUGGCAUCGAUAUUGUAGCUACGUAUCGUUAAAUAUAAUCGAAAUUCUUUCUACAUACAAAGAAAAGAACAAAAAAAUGAAAAUUUAACGCAUUUCAUUUAAUUUCAUAUAAUUUACUCUUUUUCAAAUAAUCUUUAAUUUAUCUAACCGAGAAGCAAUUAUAUUAGUUGUGUUCGAAAAAUGUGGGCGUCCCACAGUUCCUAAAUACGUUCCUGCGGGUCAGCGAUUUUUUUUUUGUUUAUCGCGUAAAGUCAAGUUCAUCGAGUAAAAUGACUUUGAGGAGUCACUUAACUGGAACGUAAGGUAUAAUUCAAAGUUUGCGUACCGUGCGGAAAUUCAUAUAUAUAUAUAUGAAUAAUAUGUGUGUGUAAAUUGAGGGUAUUAUUAACGAUACAGACGAAUUUUUUGGAAAUCCUUAAAAACGUACGAAUCGACUUUCUCGCUAAGGAUCCAGAAAACAUAACGCUCGAUAAUCGAAUAUAACGUUCAUAUUUUUUAUAUAAGCGGCGUAUACGAAUUUUUUAAACGAGAAGAAUAAGCCGCCUUUAUAUUUCGCAGAUCGUAAUAUUAAACGAUACAAACGCGAAACGAUGCUAAAGAAAGCAAAUUAUUUAUUUAUUCGAAUUAAAUGAUUAUUUAUUACUGCUCCGAUAAUUAAUUACGGUAGUGAACGAAGCCACCUUUUUCAAAGUAUUUAUUUUUAUAAAUAUUUCGAGAGAAGUGAUAUAAAACGAAAGGCCACUGUAAUAUAUAUAGGACCUAUUAUGUAAAAUUUCCAAAUAGCAGCUGCCAUUUCUUGUGUCAUGUGUAACAGAGAUCACAGUUUUACACGCUGCAGCCUGAAAACCUCAUUUAGUCGAAUCAUUAUUGUCCAAAUCAUUAUUACUAUUACUAUUAUUAUUAUUAAUAUUAUUAUUAUUACUAUUAUUGUAAGAUCAUGAAAGUUGCUCGUGUGUGAAAUGCAAUUACUUAUUCGAGAGAAAGAAAACAAGUAUACUGUAACUACUUUUUUUCGCUUGAGGCUUAAUGCUUUUUUCAUUGUCUAUCUUAAUGCGUUUUUCAGAGUUCACAUAAUUUCUCGUACCUUUAUUUUCGUUAAAGAAAACAACAAAAAAGUAUUGGGCAUUUUCAAAGACGAAUCACAUGAAAAGAAGCACAGAAGAAUCUACCAAACGGUAUACAAUUAGAGACACCAACACGCACACGCACACACAUGCACUAUUCACAUGCAUACAUAUACACCGGAAAGGAAUAUUCAUGAUAUCAAAACGUAUAAUAAAUUCGAAAGCGUACAGUAUACGUAUGAUGUAGGUAUACAGUUGAAACGAAAUUUCGUUCGAAAAUUGUAUUUUCGAGAGUCUCGGUCAUAUCGUGUCAUACUAUAUACACGUAAACAUUCUCAUCGAUAAUCGUAUAUACAUAUAAUUACAAUUCUUAUAAUUUUAUUCUACUCGAUGUAAUUGUUACGAUUAUAAUUCGAUUCGAACAUCCGCCCGGCACAGUCAUAGUCGUCUCGCAUCGCAUAAGUUCAUACACCCGACGACAAGUUUCUAUUCUAGUUUUGCCAAAUUUCAUCUUACUAAGCUCGUGACGAACUCGGUAUUGUAAAAUCGGAACACGAGAAAGGAAAAAAAACGAACCAACAAUAAGCCUUUGAAAAGGAAGGGAAACUCGCUCAACUUUUUCUACUGGUGUAAUGGCGACAAGGCUUGGAAUAUUGUUUCCAAAAGUUAACCCAGUAUGCGUCAUAUCACGCGGGCGAUAUAACGAAGGAUAUUUAAAUAAAAAUUUCUAACAGUGUGGUUAAA